AUGGCGCUGGCCGACAACGUCCCCGCUGGCCCGUUUGUGGCGGUGGAUGUGGCGGCGCCACGUACGGCCUGGCCUGAUCACGACGAUCAAGAACGUCGUGAGCCCCUGUUUUUCGGCCGCGAAAAGACCAAGUGUUGUGGCACGCCGCUGGAAAUGGUCCCGACGGCUGACCUCCAGCACUUCAACCUGGAGGGCCCCCCCACCUAA